UCAAGAUCCUGCAACUUCUGAAAUACAUCUCAAGAUGGGGAAGCCUAGGCUGAUCAUCCUCAUCCGGCAUGCUCAAUCUGAAGGGAACAAGAAUCGAGAGAUACACCAGAUUGUUCCCGACCACCGCGUCAAGCUUACGGAUGAAGGCCACAAGCAGGCAGAGGAGGCCGGUCGACGACUACGAGAACUCCUAAGGCCAGACGAUACUCUUCAAAUCUACACCUCACCAUACCGCCGUACGCGUGAGACCACCGAAGGUAUACUGAAGACACUGACCGCCCACGAUGAUCCGGACGAUCCGUCAGCUGCUCCGUCGCCGUUCAGUAGGGAAAAGAUCAAGGUGUACGAAGAGCCUCGCUUGAGGGAGCAAGAUUUUGGAAACUUUCAACCAGACUCGGCGGAGAUGGAACGGAUGUGGCAUGAGCGUGCAUCGUACGGACACUUCUUCUAUCGAAUACCCAACGGAGAGAGUGCUGCAGACACCUACGAUCGGAUCUCGGGCUUCAACGAGAGUCUGUGGAGACAAUUUGGCGAACAUGAAUUCCCCAGCGUCUGCGUGCUUGUCACCCAUGGAUUGAUGACCAGAGUCUUCUUGAUGAAGUGGUAUCAUUGGUCUGUGGAGUACUUCGAGGAUCUACGCAACAUCAACCAUUGCGAGUUCAUCAUCAUGCAGAAGAACCAGGACAACGGGAAAUACAUACUGGAGAAUCAACUUCGUACAUGCCUCAAGGAAGCCCGGCGAUACCUCCGCGAAAGUGGGGCGAACAGAAUGGAGAGAGCUUUGCAGGAUCCGCAGCGAACACAUCGCCACCCAAGCAGGAGAUAG